CCGUGAGGCUGUGUGCAGCUCCUCUCAGGACCGACAUGAAGCUGCUGGACGAGCGCAUCUGCUCGCUGUUCAAGCGUCACAGGAGGCAGACUCUCACCUACUGGAGCGUGUUCUUCAGCUUCGGCCUGUGCAUCGCCUUCCUGGGACCCACCAUCCUGGACCUGAGGUGUCAGACCCAGUCCACCCUGCAGCAGAUCACCUGGGUCUUCUUCUCCCAGCAGCUCUUCCUGCUGGUGGGCUCCAGCGUGGGAGGACUCUUCAAGAAAACACUACUGUCCUCCCUGGCUGCUCUCUUGUCCUCAACGCUCAUCAUAUCGAUCGUGUUUGCGAUCAUACCGUUAUGUCACCACGUGGUGCUGUUGGCCAUCACCAUGGCGCUUGCUGGCAAAGCCAUGGGGGUGAUUGACACCAUCGCCAACCGGCAGCUGGUGAAGCUGUAUCAGAAGGACUCGGCCGUCUUCCUGCAGGCUUUGCAUUUCUUCAUUGGCCUGGGAGCACUGGUCAGUCCCCUGGUGGCUGAUCCGUUCCUGGCAGAUGACAACUGUGUUCAUGCGACCAACUGGACGUCCAACUCGUCCUCCUCGUCGGACCUUGAGCACCUCCGCAGCAGCCUCUCCGGCCAUGCAACGACACUGCACAACAUCUCCCAGUAUCCUCUGUACACUGAGGGUGUCGUCGUCACCAGGGUGUCCUAUGCUUUCUGGAUCAUGGCUCUUAUCAAUCUCCCUGUCCCUGCAGUAGUGCUCGCUCUCAUGUACCACGAGAGAUUGCUGCCGUGCUUCAACAACGGUCCACGUUUGCUGGAUAAGGUCUCGCUGCCUGAGACGAGUCCCACCCAGGACAGUGGACAAGGGCACAUGAGCUGGUGUGGUUGCUGCAACCCUGCCACACUCCGGGGCCGCCCUGCUACUUUCUUCAUCCUACAUGCUCUAGGCGGAGCCAUCCUCUUCAUCACCGAUGGGAUCAUAGGCUCAUACGCUGGUUUCAUCUACACCUACGCCAUCUCCCCUCCUUUGCUGAUGGGCCAUAAGACUGCUGGCUAUCUGAACAGUGUAUUUUGGGCCUCCAUCACAGCAGGAAGACUGGCUUUCAUCUACCUGUCCUACAAAUACACAGCACCCACGCUGCUCACCUUCAGUCUGGUGGGAGUCAUACUGGUGCAGUGCCUGUUGAUGAUCUUCUACACAAGCUGUGUGUUUCUCUUCAUCUGUACUUGUCUGUUGGGACUGUGCAUCAGCAGCGUGUUUCCCUCCAUGCUUGCUUUUACAGAGGACAUCAUGGACUACAAAGGUUGUGUCACAACUGUCCUUGUGACCAGCGCCAGCACAGGAGAGAUGAUGCUGCAGUUGAUCGUAGGAUCGAUGAUCCAAAGUCACGGCAGCUACGCUUUCCUGUUGUGUGGUACAAUAUCCUCCAUCAUCGGCUUCUGCCUUUUCCUGCUGCUCAUCUAUGUCCAGUCCAUCUACAGAAACCGCAGCGGAGAAUCAUCUGCAAACAUGAACAUGAAAGAGAAGCCACCGACAGAAGGCUUGUGAUCUGAGGCUCCGUCCGGGACCUGGGGACACAGUGUGGAGAACAGUCUAUGGGAAACUGGCAUCCCUCCAAAGCCAAGACGCAGCGCUGCAGCCUGUCCUCCUCCAGAUCAACACUUUUGAAACUAGAGACAGAGACUUCUACUUUCAAGCCUGAUGAUCAAAAAGCAGCUCUAUGAAUGUGCAAUAGCUGAAUUCACUUUAAUGAUUAUUAACUUUUCAGUGUGGAUGAAAACGUGUUCUUACUGUUAAAACAUGACUUGUGUCUGUCUGUGUUAACAGCAGUGUCAUGGAUUCUUGGUGGUGAACUGUAGCAGUCAGACUUUAUUUAUUAUAAUAAUACCAUUUCAAAAUGAUGUAAUUUAUACCUUAUGAAUGUACAUCUUACGAUAUGAUAAAACCUAUUUGUUUUAUCUAUAUAAGCUUCAGGUUGUUUCUGGAGUCCUAUAGGAUGUAGAGAAACCUAAAAAAAAUGAGCAUUUUUGUACCAGGAAUUACAUGAUGUUUUCACUUACCUUACCUUACUUAUCAUAUGAUUGAAUCAUUUUCUGAUCACCAUAAACUUUAGAUUGACUGUUUGCAGGAAUUGUGUUUUGGGGAUCUAUUUUUCUUGAUCAAUCUGCUCAAAAUAUAAAUCAUGUGUAGAUACUCUCCAAUGUUUGAUGAAAACCUGUCUAUAUAUACACACACACACACACACACUGUGUACAGGGUAAUGACAGACUGGAGGCGAUUUGGUCAGUUUGAGAUCUUUUAUUACUGGUCUCACUUAUCUCUUCCAUUAUAAACACUUCCUCUUAACCUGUCACACAUCAAUACGCCACUUAAGACAAGUAGCUUGUAAACAUUUGAAAAAAGCUUCAAACAAAUAAGAGAACUGGACAAAACAAAGCGAGAACAAUGUCAUUUCUUUUUUUUUUUUAAACAAGAUUUUACAAUUCAAGAUAAGCUGAAGGAAAAAACAUCAUCAGAAAAUACAAACAAACAAAUGUGCUCAUGACACGUCUUGAUGGGGGAAACUUUUAAAUGGGCUUCAAGGUUAUUUUCCCUCUAUUUUAUAGUAGGGUUACAUAGAUUUGGUUGCUUAUAUUGCAGGGUUAGGGUUAGAGUAACCCUAACCCUGCAAUACAACCAAAUCUAUCAGGCUCAAAUAUAAAUUCAAAUAAAUAAAUAUUGUACUGCCAAAUUGCAAUGAAGGUGAAGUAAACUACAUGAAAUGUGUUGUAGAAGAUUAGAUUGAACUCUUGUUUUGUGGUAUAAAAUACUAAGUGCAUAACUGUAUCCUCCCUUCGGGAAAAUAUACAUUUCUCAAUAAGCAAACAUCACAACAUGUCAUUAAAUCUGAGUCAUAGAAAAAGCCACAGAAUCCAAUACUACAGGAACCCCGACAUUUUUAAGUGCAAACGUUUCAUCACAACAUCUGCAUGUACAAUAUCAACACUAUAUCAAAACACAUCACAUAUAAAAACAUGGAUUUACAUUUCUCCCCAUAAGGCUUUGAUUUCCUUUAAUAAAAAAUAAAAGCCAACACCACGA